AUGUUGAUGUUGCACAGUGCACACAGUGACAUAAUACAGAAUAUUAGGUAGACAAAACUGAAUUAUGUGCGCUGCUCUGUCUGGCAGGCGAUCAUCAUAAUCAUCACAUUAAAAUAUUAUCCAACAGAAAUAAAGAAAACAUUUCAGAGAACCUCAUAACAUUCUCCAUCUACCUAUAGUGAUGCCAUUAUGAAAAUACUAAGCUGUAGACCACACAAAUCCAUUAUUUUAGAUACCACAGAAAAUACACUGCCAGACGAGUCAAAACAAUUUUGCUGGCUUGCGCGGCAAUAAAGCAGCAUUUUAUAAAUAUGCCAACCAUACUUGGACCCGGCCCUCUCUCAUCUCUGACAUGUUUCGGUCGGAUUUGGUACACCUGAGAUCCAAAUCGGGUAGGAUAUUGACUUUCAAAAAAAAAUUGCGGGUCCUGUUAGGGUCAGGUGGGAGGUUUGCAGGUCCAAUUCAGUUCGGGUCUCAUUUUCGGGACCCGAGAAGACCUCUCCUCUGUACUGUCGGGUUGGGAAGGCUUUUCUUCAUAAUAACAAUAGCCUACUCUUUGAUGUUCUCCCUUAAUGAUUAAAGCUGUCUUCAUUGUUAUGGUAAACUUACUUUACAUAGUCCUCUUUAUUCCUAUGGGGAACAAACUAUCAAGCUUCCACCAGAGAGCGCCGCUGAUGCCUACCUUCUGCUAGUCUAGGGAUUAAUUUAACCUGACAUUGACAGGCCACAAUAAACCUGUUCAUGUGUUGUUUCUGUGUUGUCUCUCCCAGAUGAUUCUCUGCCUGUUGAUUUUAUCUCAAUUGGACUAACCUGGUUAUAUAAAGGUAAAUAAAUAAAUUGGUAAACUUAUGUGUUUUCUUCUCUCCCAGAUGACACUCCGCCUGCGGAGCGGGAGCCAGGGGAGGUAGUGGACAGUCUGGUGGGGAAACAGGUGGAGUACGCUAAGGAGGACGGCUCCAAACGAACUGGCAUGGUCAUCCACCAGGUGGAGGCCAAACCCUCAGUCUACUUCAUCAAGUUCGACGACGACUUCCACAUCUAUGUCUACGACCUUGUCAAGACUUCCUAAGGCGACCUUUUACCCUUGACCUUUUCACACUACUGAGCCGAAUCGAGCUGUACUGGGCUGGCCUGGAUACACGUAAAUCCACCAUAGCUGAAAAUACUAUGCGAAAAUAUGUUAGAGGUGGUACAGUUUGGUUGAGGUCGGCACGGUACGGUGAAAAGGGCACUGGGUCGCUGGGCCUCUGGGCCUAGAGGACAGGAGGUCUGUCUGGGGAGUUAAUGAUGGAUGCGGAAGGUGGAGAAACUCCGCCAUACAGGAAAGACGAUGGUCAACACCACCAUCACCACAUGGAACCUUACCUUAUCCACCAACGUUUCCUAAAUGUAUCUUGAAGGUUUCGUGCAACAACCUCUUUGAGAUGCGACAGACAGACAGCUAGAUUGGAUAUUUCACUGAAGCCUUUGGAUUGCUACUAAAGCAUCUAGUGUUCUAGAAUCUAGUCAGAGGAGAGAGAGAGGGGGAGUCACUGUGCAACUGAGUUAUUGGCCACUUAACUUGUAAAGGUGAGAAUACUAUUUGUUUCUGCAACUAGCUAUCCCCCUAUCAGCGUAAAGGUCUUAAGGAGAUGUUACAUCGAUCCCUUUGUAAGGGAAGGGACUGGGAAAAGAUAUCAGCGUUAUUUGAACACUGCGUAUUAAGUGCGACCUUUAAAGUUAAUUGGGUUCUCAUUGGAUUUUUUAAAAGAUUUGAUGACCAAACCAGUGAUGGUAAUGUUUCUCCUAUUAUAUGUGUGUGAGCUCUGUGUUGUAAUUUUGACCGAUUUUACAUGCAUUUCUGGAGUCCCGUUAUCUAACAGUAAGAGGACAGUAACUAUGGGUUUGUUUUCAUCUCGGAGAAUCAUUCAAUUCUUGACUAUAUUUGUUUGUUUGUAAUGUUAAAAGAUACACGACAACGUAUGCAGUGAGCAAAGGCAUUUGUUGAAGUUUUGAGAGGGAGAUGAGCAUUCUUUUCAUUUAAAUGUUUCUUAGUUUUUUCCAAGAACUUGUUCAUGUAUAUUCAUAUAUAAUGAUAGUUAAAUACUGAUGCCGAUAUUUGCAGUUUUAUCGCAAGCACUAAUUUCAAAGAAUCUACUCAGAAAACAUUUACGCAGUUGUCUUUAUACGUUUUGCCUUUAAUGAUAAUUAUAUGUUGAUCAUCUCAACAAACACUAUUCAGAAUGGUUGACCAGUGAGAACGUUAAUCUGUAGUCCUGAGACUGAGUUUGUUCAUUAGGCCUUGCCAAAGCCCUCAACCCUUAUCAUUCAUUAUCCAAUCAUAAUAACAGCUAUAAUUAUUCCGAUAAUAAUUAUGUUUGUUAUUAUCGUUCCUGCAUUCAUAUGUUUACAUUUUUUGGGGGGGGGAAUCAAACACGGUUUCUAUUUUAGUUUAAUUUUUACUUUCAUUGUUAUAUGUUAUUUAGAGACCUCUUCUUCACCUCUGUCUUUGUUAAACACACUUUCUCUUUAAUUGUCAUAGUAACCUUUUAGUAAACUGUUUUAUCACGACUUUAAAAAAAUAAAGACAGUAUGGUGAAAGCACUGCAAAGUAAGCAAAGUAUUUAGAAAGUAAAACUCCAUACCAGCUCCUCAAAAGUGUUCUAAAUUCAGCUGUACCACUACAACAAUACUAAAGUGUUUCUCAACUUUUACAUUUACAUCAUUUAGCAG